AUGAAUGUGAACGUGUUGGCGCUCGCUGCACAGGUGGACGCGCUGAUCUCCCUGCUGAGUGACGCCCUUGGCGUGGCGGACCUCGUGGCUCUGCUGCUGCACCCAGCAGGCAUGCUGUGUGGCGUGCUCACCUCGUGUGAGGGCCUUCUCCCGGUGGAAGCAGCCAACAUCCAGAUCACCAACAUGGGCUCGGCGUACGCAGUGGCGUACGAGCUGGUGGCGACGGGCAUGGCGGAGGCACCGUAG